AUGACCUCACAGGCUGCAACCUCGCAUCUCCGCAGAACCUCCCAACCACCACCAACUCCCGCUCGAUGGCGCAGACAGAGCGGACAUGGCACUGACCUCGGUGCGUACAGCAGUAGUUUGGCCCUUGACAGGCUGCCAGAAGCUAACAGCAGCUGUUUCUCUCGUUUAGUGGAAGACCUUCGACUUCUUCGACGUCUCGCAGGUGGACUUCGUCGACAGCGAAGGCAGCUCCGUCUUCACCAUAACCUCUUCGUCGGCACUACCAACGGCAACGUUCACAUCCUCUCCCGGCAAUACAAAGUCGUCCGCUCAUUUCGGGCAUACGAUGGCGCCUCGGUCACGCAUAUGAGACAGGUCCCUUCGACCUCUUACCUGGUCACAAUAAGUGAGGAUCUGUCCAACGAGCCCGUCCUGAAGGUAUGGGCUCUUAACGAGACCGAGAAGAAGACUGGGGGACCCCGUUGUCGGUCCACGAAAUCAGUCCAAAACAAGCUAAGACAGUUCCCGAUAUCUGCAUUGGCAGUCCUCGAUGACCUCUGGCAAGUUGCUGUCGGCUUUGCCAAUGGCUCCGUCACGCUAAUCAGAGGCGACCUCAUACACGACCGCGGAGCCGAACAACGCAUAGUAUUCGAAUCAGAAGAGCCCAUUACGGGGCUCGAAAUACAGCGAUCCGGUCCCGCGACUCUGUUCAUCGCUACCACCAGCCGUAUACUCUCACUAGUCAUCGGAGGAAAGGGAGAUGGAAAGCCAGCGCGUGCCCUCGAAGACCUGGGAUGCGGAGUUGGUUGCAUGACUUUUGACCAGGAUACCGGUGACAUUCUCGUGGCUAGGGAAGACGCAAUAUAUACAUAUGGCCGUAGGGGACGGGGGCCGAGCUUUGCCUUUGACAGCCCAAAAACCUCGGUCAACGUUUUCAAAGACUAUAUUGCCCUGGUUUGCCCGCCUAGAGCUGCCCUGUCAAGGACAGAAACCGUCAGCAGAUUUGGGACCAGCCAAGUUGAUGACAUCUUCAAUACCUCCACCUUCACUCUCCUGGAGUCGGACUUGAGAUUUAUCGCACAUUCCGAGUCUCUUUCAAAUAGUGUGAAAUUUAUCUUUAUGGAAUGGGGUGAUUUGUUUAUCGUCACUGUUGACGGAAAGGUGAAUCGGUAUCAUGAAAAGCCACUCCAGCAAAAACUUGAAAUAUUGUACCAGAGGAAUCUAUAUAUAUUGGCAAUUAACCUGGCGCAAAAGUCGGGUGUCGACAGACUACAACAAAAUGUCAUAUUUAGAAAGUAUGGCGAUUUCUUGUACCAAAAGGGGGAUUAUGAUACCGCCAUGCAGCAGUAUCUGCGGGCCAUUGACAAUACUGAGCCCUCCCAUGUUAUUCGAAAGUUCCUUGACACUCAACGAAUCCAUAACCUGAUUGACUACCUGGAAGAAUUACAUGAUCACGACAAGGCAACGGCCGAUCACACAACAUUACUCUUAAACUGCUAUGCCAAGCUAAAGGAUACUGAAAAGCUGGACUCUUUCAUUAUGGCACCAGGAGAAUUGAAAUUUGACCUAGAAACCGCUAUAGCCAUGUGCCGCCAGGGUGGUUAUUUUGAACAAGCAGCAUACUUGGCUACCAAACAUGGCGAAAGUGACAUGGUGGUUGACAUCCUGAUCGAAGACUCGAAGAAAUAUUCUGAAGCCCUUAAUUAUACUUGGAGUCUUGAGCCAGAGCUUGCCUAUCCAAAUUUGAUGAAAUAUGCCCGUGUAUUGCUUGAGCAUUGUCCGGAAUCAACAACACAGCUCUUUAUUGACUAUUACUCCGGGAGAUACAAACCUCGAAAGGAGGAAGAACAAUCCCCUGAAGUCAAACCACAAGCCACUGGUGGCGCUGUUCAGAAUAUUGCAUCAUUCAUCCCUCUGCCAUACAUAGGAGGCUCUAAACAAGACAAUAAACAAAGCAAUGGGACCAAUCCUCAAGCAACGGCAGAGCCCGAAGAUACAAAUGAAGAAUCUUCGACGAAUUACGAGAUUCCAAAACCCAGAACUGCCUUUUCCUCCUUCGUCGAUCAUCCUGAUCAAUUCAUUACCUUUCUAGAGAAACUCCUUGAACUAGAUGGGCUGAAGGAAGAGGACAAGGUUGAUCUGUACACUACCUUGUUUGAGAUGUACCUGGAUACGGCAAACCGCAAGAAGUCAUCUUCAGAGAAGCAAGAAUGGGAAUCAAAAGCAAAAAGCUUGAUACAGGGGAAAAACAUUCCCGUAUCUGCGUCAAAUGUUCUGCUUCUAUCGGACCUGUCAAAUUUCCAUGAAGGAAAAACCCUGGUCCGCGAAAAGGAAGGUCUUAGAGCAGAUAUUCUGCGAUCAUAUAUAUCAGCCAAGGAUACCCAAGGCGUGAUAAAGGCUCUCAAGAAAUACGGACAGGAAGAGCCACAGCUAUAUAUCGAUGCUUUGACAUACUUUGCAUCUAGCCCAAAAAUCCUCGAAGAAGCAGGCGGUGAGAUGGAUGCGGUUCUUCAAAAGAUUGAUAGGGACGGGUUGAUGGCUCCCUUGCAAGUGAUACAGGCAUUCAGCAAUAAUUCUGUGGUCACUAUGGGUAUGAUUAAUAAGUAUCUCAGUGAUAAUAUCGAGAGGGAAAGAAAAGAGAUCUCCAAUAACCGCCGCUUGAUAGCCAGUUAUUCAAAAGAAACGGAGUCCAGAAAGCAGCAGAUGGAAGAGCUCGGUUCCAAACCGACUGUCUUUCAGGCACGUCGUUGCUCAUCUUGUGGCGGUAACCUUGAUCUUCCCACAGUUCACUUUCUUUGCAAGCAUUCCUUCCACCAACGGUGCCUCAAUAAGGUUGAUGAAGAUGCAGAAUGUCCCGUCUGCGCGCCACAUAACUCAACGCUCAAGGCUAUACGUGAGAGACAGAUCAAAGCAGCUAGCCAGCAUGAGCUGUUCCACUCUGAAUUGCAGCGUAGUAAGGACCGGUUUGGGCUUAUCAGCGAGUUCUUUGGCAGAGGUGUGAUGACGCCGAACAAUACUGAGUAA